CCCUCAGUACCGAAGGUAACUCCGUGCGUAAAGCUCCUGGACACCAGACGGACAUCGUACAAUUUCAAGCUGUGCUUCACUUCUCUGAAGACCGAAACCGAAUAAAAUCAUUCCUCGGCGUUUCAAGAAACAAACGGGAGCAGUUUUAUUUUAUUUUUUAUAAUAUGUAUUUUGUGGCUCUCACCAGUGCAGUUUUUCAUAACAGCCUCUAGCCUACUAAUGCCUCGCACCCAAGGCGCUGCACCGACUCGGUUCAAUUAUAAAGAGUAAACCAUGUGCAAAGCAAAUGAAGGAAACGAGUUAACUGUGGAUGCUCUUGGAUUUAACAGCUGGUGCCUGUAAAAACAAAGACUCAGUUAAACUUAUGGCGUGAAGCAGGGAUCAGUGGUCCAGUCCAGCCUACUUACUGAGAGCUUCUGGUUGAUGCAAAGUGAUUUAUUGGCUGUGAUUCCAGAGAUAUUAACUUUCAAGCAUGUCAAAUAUGUCAACACUCUUGGGACCAGCACCAUCACUGAAAGGAUGGAGGAGCCAAUUAGGUCUUAAAGCCAAUGGGAGGUCCAUCAGGAUCUGAUUAAGCUCCAGGUUACAGUUAUAUGCUGAGAAGGUUAUGUCGGCAGGGCCCGUUCUUGGCCUUCGUCACUCACAGCUAAUGGAUGUCUUUACCCAGUAUGCCUACAAUGACAGUUUCAAUGAUAAUGGAACAUGGAGCUUCAACGAAACAGAUCAAGAGCACAAGCACCCUUACAACUACUAUGCCAUGCUGCUUACUCUGCUCAUCUUUGUCAUCGUCUUCGGCAACGUGCUGGUGUGCAUAGCUGUGUCCAGAGAGAAGGCCCUGCAGACCACCACCAACUACCUGAUCGUCAGCCUGGCUGUUGCUGACCUUCUGGUGGCCACACUGGUUAUGCCAUGGGUCGUCUACUUAGAGGUAGUGGGAGAGUGGCGCUUUAGCAAAAUCCACUGUGACAUCUUUGUCACUCUGGAUGUGAUGAUGUGUACAGCCAGCAUCCUCAAUCUCUGUGCCAUCAGCAUUGAUCGCUACACAGCAGUUGCAAUGCCAAUGCUGUACAACACUCGCUACAGCUCCAGGAGAAGGGUCACAGUAAUGAUCUCGGUGGUGUGGGUACUGUCUUUCGCCAUAUCAUGUCCCCUAUUGUUUGGCCUAAAUAACACAGCUACUCGUGAUGAUACUCUCUGUGUGAUCGCCAAUCCGGCCUUUGUGGUAUACUCCUCCAUCGUGUCCUUCUAUGUUCCCUUCAUCAUCACUCUGCUGGUUUAUGUGCAAAUUUAUGUGGUCCUGAGGAAGCGCAGAAAACGUGUAAACACCAAACCGAAGCAGCGCGUCUGUCAGGAUCCUGACCCUGAUGUGGCCACAUCGCUGAAGGAUAAGUGCACUCAUCCAGAGGAUGUGAGGUUGUGCACCAUGAUUGUUAAAUCUAAUGGGAGUUUUCCUGUCAACAAGAAGAAAGUGGUAUUCAUCAAAGAUGUAGUCAAUGAGGGGGAAGAUCUGGAGCUGGAUGAGCUGAACAAUAGUGGCAGCAGCCAGAAACAGAAGCAGCAACCACAGUGUGCUCUUGGAGACACUCCGGCCACCAGCCACCAGCUUUUGAUGCCUAACAAGGCCAACGCUAGCCCCUGCACUUCCACACCUCCCACACCCCCUCAGGAGCACCAGAAAGCAGAAAAGAACGGCAAUCCUACCAAGGAGGCCCCGAGGGAUACAGCACCCGUUGUGGCCAAAGCCUUCCAGACGCAGGCCUUACCUAAUGGCAAAACUCAGACCUCUGUGAAAACCAUGAGCAAGAGAAAGAUCUCCCAGCAGAAGGAGAAAAAGGCCACUCAGAUGUUAGCCAUCGUCCUUGGUGUAUUCAUCAUAUGCUGGCUGCCGUUUUUCAUUACACAUAUCUUGAACACCCACUGCACAAAAUGCAAGGUUCCUGCUGAGAUGUAUAAUGCUUUCACUUGGCUGGGCUACGUGAAUAGUGCUGUAAAUCCCAUUAUAUACACCACCUUUAAUGUCGAGUUCAGAAAGGCAUUCAUUAAGAUCUUGCACUGCUAAACUGCAUCAUGACUUGUCUGAUCAGACUGAGGGAAGAGCGAUAAAUAAAAGCAUCUCUUCUGGCGAAUACCUCAUCCUCAAGGAAAAGGCACCUUGCAAACUGCGAUCUGCUUUUUAAAGUUAUGGAGCUGAGUGACUGAAAAAUUGAAGUGUCUUAUUGAAAGGCAUGUUGGCUCUACAGUACAUGUGAAUUGUUUGUGGAGUCCUGUUCUCCAAAUCACUGAAUGUAAAACAAGAAAUGUCUGUAACAAUGACCUGUUUCAUGGAGAAAAGGCAAAUGUAACAUUGUUCUCUAAAAUCAUUGUAUUUGUCACAUAAGGAGCCAUCUGUGUAUACCACACACAUACAAGUUGCAAACUGCUAUUUAUUGUGUGUGUGCUGUGUUUUCAUGGUGGAAAUUUUCUACAAAUCUUAUAGAUAUCAAGUCAGUGUUCAUUGCAGUGUUAAAACUGAUAUGUGAGCUCUUAAUCUUAAAACCUAUUACUGAUUAGAAUGUGUUAAAGACAAGAGACAAUUUACUUGCUGUAUGAUGUGGCUAUGCCAAUAUCCACAUAUUUGCAAUUUUAUAAAUUGAAAAAUCACAUAUUAUUAUUAUUAUUAUUAUUAUUAUUAUUAUUAUUAUUAUUAUUAUUGUGAUUAUUAUUGUGAUUAUUAUUUGCUGUACAUAGUUUUCUUAAAACAUUAACUGUGAUUAUACGCCUGCAAGGAAAUGUGAUGCAUGCUACACUGCUCCUCUACUUGACUUCUCAUGAAAUGUACGUAUGUUUAACAUAAAAUUACAAAAGAUUUCCAAUAAAUGAAGUUCUGAGACACUG